AUGAAGACUUCAAUUGCCCUCUUGGCAUGCCUCUCGUCCCUUUGGCGGGAGGCGGUAGCUUCACGUCAACCCAACAUCCUCUUUAUUCUCACGGAUGAUCAAGAUUGGCACAUGGAGUCUUUGAAACACAUGCCACUCCUUCAAAAGUACCUCAUCAACGAAGGAACACUGUACUCCAACCAUUACUGCACUGUGGCCCUCUGCUGCCCUUCUCGGGUCAACCUCUGGACUGGAAGAGCCGCGCACAAUACCAACGUUACAGAUGUCUGGGCUCCCUACGGAGGCUACCCAAAGAUCGUGCGCGAGGGUAUCAACGACAAUUACCUUCCCCACUGGCUCCAAGCCGCUGGAUACAACACAUACUACAGCGGCAAGCUCUGGAAUCAUCACACUGUGGAGAACUACAACCAGCCAUACGCCGGAGGCUUCAACGGUUCCGACUUUCUUCUGGAUCCCCACACCUAUCAGUACCUCAAUGCAACCAUGACUCGGAAUGGAGCACCACCGGUUAACUACGCUGGACUCUACUCGCCAGAUCUCACAGCCCAAAAGGCCUAUGGGUUCCUGGACGAAGCCUUGUCGAACGAAGAGCCUUGGUUCCUGGUCCACGCUCCCAUUGCCCCUCACGGGACUGUUGAUCUGACCCCAAGCUUCUUCUCCGAUGCGCCCAAGUACGCAAAACGGCAUGCCCACCUGUUCAAGGACUACAUCAUUCCACGAGAUGAAAGCUUCAAUCCCGAGGUCCAAGGUGGAGUCAGCUGGGUCAAGGAAUUGCCGCGUCUGAACGACACUGUCAUUGCCUACAAUGAUGAAUACCAGAGAGCAAGACUGAGGGCGCUGCAGUCUGUUGAUGAGAUGGUCGAGACUAUGAUUAAGAAGGUUGAAGCCGCCGGUCAACUUGAUAAUACGUACAUCAUCUACACCACCGACAACGGAUAUCACAUCAGUCAGCAUCGAAUGCAUCCAGGAAAAGAAUGUGGCUUUGAGACGGAUGUCCACAUUCCUCUCAUUAUUCGCGGUCCAGGUGUUCCCGCAGGACAUAUCUCCCAGGCGGUCACAGCUCAUACCGACCUUGCAUCGACCAUCAUGGGCCUCGCGGGUCGAGCCUUGCCCGAUACCGACGGAACUCCCAUUCCGCUCAGCAUUGAUGCUGAAGCCGAGUCAAAGCAGGAGCACGUUACCAUCGAGUAUUGGGGACUGGCUAUUCCAGAGGGCAUUUUCGGCUGGUAUGGCGAAAACAACAUGAGUGAUCCAGGCUAUGGCGCGCCAGGCCAUGCCGCCGACAAAAACACAUACAAGGCCAUCCGCGUAAUUGGAGAAGCCUACAACAUCUAUUACUCCGUCUGGUGCACAAACGAGAAGGAGUUUUAUGAUCUCAAGACCGAUCCUGGAGAGGUCAGAAACCUUCUCUCUGAAGAACAUAGCUCAGCUAGCUACAGCCUUGGUGGACGAUCACUCGAUCAAAUCCUUCCACGUCUCGAUGCCUUGAUGAUGGUUCUCAAGAGCUGCAAGGGGCGCACCUGCGUUGAGCCAUGGCGAGAACUUCAUCCUUCUGGUGACGUCAACAGUCUCCUAGAGAGUCUUGAACCCGAGUUUGAUGCAUUUUACCAAGGCCAGCCCAAGGUCAGUUUCUCGGACUGCAAGGUUGCGUAUUUUCCCGAGUUUGAGGGUCCAAUGGAGGUCAACAAGUUUAAGAAGGACUCUGAGGAUGCUUGGUGGUGGCCGAAGGAGCUAAAGAGAGAUGUUUCGAAUAGUGAUCACAAAUACCGAGGCCGAUGGAGUCACUGGACUUGA